AUGCGACCAGUCUCUGGCAACAGCACGGAAUCGUCGUCUUUGUUCCCCAUCUACGUAACUCUUAAAUGCCUGCAAAAUAUAGCUACCGUAUCGGUUUUUAUUCUAUAUUUCUACGUAGUAACGACACUAUGGCGGAAAAAGGUAUAUCACUCGAAUCUGGUAGUGCUUCUGACGGCUUUACCAGUCUCCUCACUUAUCGCUGUUGUCAUGACGUUGGCGCUGGACGUUCUUGAUGCUCUGCAUUUACACGAUAGCCCUUCAGUCGACAUCAUUGAAUUUGCCUUGAAAUUCGGUGAGAAUGUUUGGUGGCGCGUUGAACCUUGCCAAAACUUUAUUGUUGAACGACUUGCUGCCACUUUAAUCGUUGUCAAAUAUGAGAAGUGCAAUGAGAGCUUCCCGUUCUUCUCGACUGCUUUGGUACUGGUCCAGGUAAGUGGUUUCAAAUUGGAUAAUAGGUGA